UCGAUUUUGAUGAACAAAGUCUUAUUUUAAAAAUAAAGGUUUAAUCUAAGACAUUUUUUUUGAAUUUUUGAAAAAACUUUAUUUUCUUUGAAAAAAAUCGUGUUAAAAAAUGGUAUUCUUCAAGAAUAAUUUAUGCACUAAUAAAAAGUUUUUUCAAAAAUUCGAAGAAGAUAUAUCCUAAAUGAAACCUUCGUCUUUAACGAGAUUUUGUCCAUUAAAAUUGGUAAAGAAUUACACCUAUUCUCAUUAUUGGCGUAAAUACUAUUUUCGACAUUUUUCGCGUAAAAAAAUUUUAUACUGUGGCGCCCCUCGAAAUUUGCGGCAAAAGAAAAGAAGCUCCUAUCCCCACUACUGAUUUCCACAUCACGCUUAAAUGGGAUAUGUUUAUUCCGUGAAGCAGUAAUUACCUGCUAGUUUGAAUACGUAAAUAGCUACUGCUCAGAUUUUCUGAAUCAUUCCAAACAAAAGAAAUACGUUUCACGAUACUUGCACAGAGAAUCUACGGUAACUUACUUGGUCACUUUUUGGACAGAUGAUUCUAUGGCAAAAAUAAAAAAAUUUGUGUCUAAUGUCACAAAAACUUUUACGAUUAUCGAAUUGGUUUUCAUUUGUACUGCGAACAUCAAAACUCUCUCAUUUUAAACGAUUGUUGGCCACAUGCAAUAUCGAUAUAUUCGGACUUUUUAUUGACUUUGACAAUUACCGGAUCAGUUCUUCUGAUGUCGAUACAUCGAAGGUCUCUAUGAAUGUUUUUGCUGCAAAACUUUAUUGCAAUUGCGCACGUAGCGUUUUCUUUAUUUACUCUUAUUAAUUCUAAGUCUCAGGUGGGACCCAUGAAUAGGACCCAGAAAUUCAGAAAGCACGAACGAUCGUGCUUAAUAAUCCAUUAUGUCUGAAACUGAUGGUAUCGGACGAUGAAGCUAUCCGUAAGCGGAGUGUCAUACUUUUCCUGUUAAUUAAGAAGCUUGAAGCUCCCGAAGUGGAAAGGUAUCGCGAAACGUGGAUUUUAGAGUAGAGUCAACAACGUCAAUUCAUAUGCAGCAACUUCCUCGUAAUGAAAAUUAGAUCGGUAUUACUAGUGAAGUCUGUAUAAAUCAUAUAAUACAAUUACUACCAAAUAAAUGGCUGCAUAUUUCAAUGUAUUUUCAAAAUCUUUUUGAUCUAAUUCUGAUUAUGUAUUAAUAUUUUAUAUUGCCAAUAAUACUUCUACAGGCAAAUAGAUAAGAUAUAGUUAGGUUCAAAGAUAAUUUCUUUAAAUUUGCAAAUUUAUAUACUAAUUGUUAUAUGUGUUAAUUAUAUUUA